AUGGCUGCCAGCAGUGGGACCACCUCUGCAGCCACAGCUCUCCUGCCUCCUGUGAAGAGUGUGUUGGUCUACAGGAAUGGUGAUCCCUUCUACUGUGGACGGAGGUUUGUGGUCAACCAGCGUCAGGCGUCCACUAUGGAGGCCUUUUUAAAUGAAGUGACCCAGAAUAUUGGUGCGUCACUGGCCAUCAGGACCCUCUACACCCCCAGGCAGGGCCACAGGGUAAAGGACCUCGAGGACCUUCAGACUGGAGGCCAGUACGUGGCUGCAGGCUUUGAGAGGUUCAAGAAAAUGGAUUACCCUAACACAGGACUGAAGAAGCAACCUGUUGCUCGUGAAGGAACACAGGUGAAAAUAAUUCAGAGGCCAAAUGUCUCCGCUAAAUGGAGGAAGUUUAUACCUGUGCCUUGCAUCAUACAUGUUUUCCGUAAUGGAGAUCCUCUGUGUCCGCCCUUCCGAUUCAUCAUUCCUCGGAGCCUGCAACAGGACCUGGAGCAGAUCCUCAGUCUGGUCACAGAGAAGGUCAGCUUACGGUCUGGAGCUGUGCGCAGGCUGUGCUCUCUGGAUGGAGCAACUGUGUUCUCAGCAGAAGAGCUGCAGACAGGCCAUUGCUAUGUUGCUGUGGGAGCAGAGCGGUUCAAGAAACUCCCAUAUGUGGAGCUGUUUGUUUCCAGAGCAGAGAGACUUUUCCCAGGAAAAAGAAAGCUGCCAAAAAGAACUGAGAUCAGGAAAGCAGGAAGUGGUCCAGAAGACAGAUACAGUGACUCAGCUCUCUUGGACUCCCCCGAGUCAGAUGGGCGGAGGGUGAAGUCGACGGGGGAUGAGGCUGGUGAGGUGGCACCAACACAAGCGCCUCAACAAAGAACCGGGAGAGAAGGGAGGGAGGAGGUUUCCACAUUGUGUAGCAGGCCCGUAAGGAUCCGCAAAAAACAGUGUCAACCCAGACCACCAGUCAGCAAGGGAUCAGUCCAGUCAAGUGCAUUUAAAAGGGGAGGGCAUAAGAGGAGGGAGGAGGUAAGAGGAGCUGAGGAGGUGCAGGAGGACGAUAACACAGCGGUAGAGCUGCCUGUUGACCAGAGAGUGGCAGAAACGGUGGAGGAUGAGGAGUUAAAGGAACGGGAUGAACAUGGACAAAAUGCAGGGCGGGAUGAAGAAAGUAGCUCUCGCCAAGUCAUAACCAAGUUGGUUUAG